AUGUUCUUUGGAUCUCACAAAUCCCUUUAUGAAUUGACCAAGGAAAAGGGUGAUGAAAAAACCGGAACUGUUCGAGUUUCCAUGUAUGACCGAAAUAUUGUUUCCAUUUGCGACAAGGAUAUGUUAAAAGAAUUACUGGUUGUCAAGGGAAACAAUUUCGUCAAGCAAAGCAGACUCUAUGAAAUUUUCAAUACCUUUGGUGUCAACAUUCUCAGUGCAUUGGAUGCUAGCGGAGAAACUUGGAAGAAUCAUCACAAAGUUGCUUCAGGAGCUUUUGCAAGCAAGAAUUUAGAAUAUAUGGCUAGAGUGGCCUCAAAGAGUGUUGAUUUAUGCCGCUCAUCAAAAUGGGAUAAAUUAAUUCGUGAUUCUCCAACUAAGAGCUUUGUUUUGGAUGCCAAUGGAGACUUUUCAGAUAUUACUUUGGACGUUCUUGGUAAAGCUGGAUUUGGACUUGAUUUUUCAAUUUUCGAUGAAUUGAAUCCAGAAGGAAAGAUAUUCAGACGAGCUUUGGAAACCAUGUUUACCAAAGGUAUUAUUGCCAAACGUUUUGUUGGUUUGAAUCCAGUCUUGUCUUGGGCUUACCCAUUGGUGUGCAAAGUAUUAGGCAUUGAUCAAGCAGUAUCAAUUGUGAGCAACAAGCUCGAUGAAAUCAUCAAGGACCGAACACAAGAAGUGGAGAAGAGAGGUCUCGAGGACGACGGAAACGACACUACUGCCGAGGAAUUGGAAGACAGAAAAGAUUUAUUGAGCGUUUUGGUCGAAGCAAACUUUAUUCAGAAAGGAAUUUUAACCGAUGCUGAAUUGAAAUCUGAUGCUUAUAUUUUCUCUUUGGCUGGACAUGAAACCACUUCCACAACACUUCAAUGGGUAUGCUACGAGUUAUCAAAGAGACCUGAAGUUCAAAAGAAGGCAAGAGAAGAAGUGGAUACUAUUUUGGGUAAAGGCACAAACGCCAGAGCUCCCGAUUAUAACGACUAUCCGAUCAUGAAUUAUGUCAACGCAGUUAUUAUGGAAGCAUUGAGACUUCAUCCUCCAGUGACUAAUGUAUUCCGUGUUGCUAAAAAGACAACCACCAUUGGAAAUAUUACCAUUCCAAAGGAUACCAAUGUGCUGAUCAAUAUUUUCAGUGCGAACCGAUCUGAGAAUAAUUGGGAGAAACCACUCGAGUUCAUUCCAGAACGUUAUCCAUUGAAUGCUGAUGAACAAUUGAAGAUUCAACACGAUUUUACAUGGAUUCCCUUCUCAAUGGGUAAUAGAAAAUGCAUUGGAUUUAAAUUUGCUCAAAUUGAAGCCUUUGUCAUUUUGUGUAGAAUUUUGCAAUUCUAUGAAUUGGAGUUGGGAAAUGAUGAAUCGAAUCCAAACGAUCAAAUCCAUGAUGUUCCUGGUGUUACUGUUAGGCCAGGUAAUUUGAAGGUGAUUAUGAAACCAAGACAGGAUUUGUAA